AGCACCGCUACCAGUCCGUUGACUUUAUACUAACUAACCCGUAGUUCUCUUGGUGCGCACACCGCCACCCACGCAAGAAUUUCAAGUGCAUCGCCGCGUGCCCAUCGUGGUAGGGCACCUUCGACGGGCCAGCUUCUUUAUAAAUAACAAUUUUCACCUAGUGGUUGCUGUUUGCAGACUAUAUUGUUGAACUCAGUAAGCCAGUCGCAAGCGCGAAAGCGUGGCUGAGAGUGUCGAAAAUCAGUUCCGUUGACACUUCAAAAUCAAAUUGUAUUUUGGACAUAAGUGCUUCUCCGUUUUGCAUUUAACAUUUGAAAAGUUUUUCUUUUUUUUUUUUUUGUUAUUAUCUAAUUUGGUUUCCCGGUUUUUUUAAGUAAUUAAUUAGCUGCCAGGAUCGAGUCUUAAGCAUGGCAUCGAAUCGCAGCAUUGCAGAUCGCUUCUCGUGUCGUCAGAUGCUGAAUAUCAUGGUGAUUCUUGGAUUCAUGUUGAACUACACGUUACGUGUCAAUUUGACGAUAGCUAUCGUGGAUAUGGUAUUACCCAGUAACAGCACCAGACAUUCUACCGAAACCAUCGCGGACUCAGGAUGCGCGGGAUCGGUUGAUUUCCAUAAAAAUUUCACAUCUAAUACGAGUCUAAAUGAACUGGGGGACUUACCGAAAAAACAUCAGCCCAUCGAACAAACCAGGUAUCCAUGGAACGAGUACGAAGUAAACAAGAUCUUGGGUAGCUUCUUCUGGGGGUACAUCUGCACCGAAUUGCCUGGUGGUCGGCUUGCGGAAAUCGUUGGUGCCAAAAGGGUGUUUGGGUACAGUAUGCUGACUGCAAGCGCCGUCACGCUUCUCACACCGUUGGCAGCGACACUCGGUUAUCCUGCAGUCGCGGCUCUCAGAGUGAUUCUUGGCUUUAUGCUGGGAGCCACUUGGCCCGCGAUCCAUCCCAUGACUGCAAGAUGGAUACCUCCAAUGGAACGGAGCAAAUUCAUUGCGAAUAUGAUGGCAUCUUCUCUCGGAGCGGCGAUCACGAUGCCGAUAUGUGGGUUCCUGAUUGCUUCGAUUGGCUGGGAGUCGGUCUUCUAUGUUACCGGUGGAAUCAGCUUAAUAUGGAGCAUCGUCUGGUUCUUUGUUGUCUAUGAUUCUCCAGCUCAACACCCUCGCAUCUCAGCAGAGGAACGCCGGUUCAUUGAGGAGUCCAUCGGGACGACUUCCACCUCAAAGCACCUGGCUGUACCGUGGAAGGCGAUGUUGACGUCUGUCCCAGUUUGGGCAAUCAUCGUCACCCACGGAUGCAGUGUUUUCGGCUACUUUACGGUGGUGAAUCAGCUGCCAACUUAUAUGAAAUACAUUCUGGGCUUCGAAAUUAAAAAGAAUGGUCUACUUUCGUCCUUACCUUACCUAGGGAAAUAUUGUUUCGCCGUGUUGACGUCAUCUGCAGCCGAUUAUCUGAGAAGAACUAAUAAGCUUUCAGUGACAGCGAUUCGUAAGAGCUUCACUGCUUUCGCGGUAAUGACUCCUGGACUGCUGAUGAUCGUGCAAGCUUUGAUGGGCUGUGACCGGAUUACUUCUGUGGCGAUAUUUACAGUCGCCCUGACGAUUAACGGCGGAGUAACCGCUGGAUACUUAGGAAAUGGCUUAGACAUUGCCCCGAAUUUUUCCGGGACGAUUUUCGGGUUGGCCAAUACUCUUAGUUCUUUAGGAGGCUUCUUGAGCGCUGAAAUGGUUGGCUCGUUGACUUUCGAGAACCAGUCCUUCCCACAGUGGAGGAUAGUGUUCUGGAUUCUUGCUGCCACCUAUGUGUGCGGUGGUCUGACCUUUACGUUCUUUGGAUCCGGAAAACUUCAGUCUUGGAAUAGCCCAAGGAGCGAUGGAAGUAUCACGGAAAAAGAGCGGGCUCUGGAGAACGGCAAAUCACCCGAAGAGGUCAUUCCUCUGAAAGACAAGACUGAAGUAUGAGCAGGGGGUGACAGGUCGACGACUCAAAUGUCAAGGCACGUAAAGCUGUAUUGGAUAUAAAUUUUUCCUUCCGGUUCAUUGUUGGCUUGGCUCUAACAAUGUGGAAAUCACAGUAUUUUAUUAGGCUACGUGAUACUCGAAGCUCAGCAGGAAACUUACGACAAAAAUUGUUCAGUGACAGUUUUGUGCGGGCACGAAAACUAAGAGGACCUUGAUGCAUGUUAAAUUCUAACAUUAAGGGCGGGGCCAAUCGAUUCAUUGAAAUAACAAAUCUUGAGGGUGAUCUUUGGGGUACAUGAAGAUAUCAACGACGGGCUAUCUUUAUUGACGCAAAUGAUUGAUUGACAAAGGAUGCAGUUGAAUUGAUAUAUCGACGACAGUGAGCAACAUUCUUCUUACUGUAUCUUCAAAGUAACAAAACUUGCAAUCAUAUUCGUGUGUUUUUUCCGCUAUACAGAAAUUGAAACUCAUAGUGACGAUGAAUUUUUCGAGAGCUGCGCAUCGGUCGGAUAGGAAAUUGUUGCUCUGCCGGUAGUUUAAAUAUGAAAAGCGAAAUGAGUCAAAAAAUAAUCGCAUGAAAAUGAUUGAGGAAUUUGCAAAGGAUAUAAGGCGACAUGGAAGAGAUUUCACGUUUUGACCAACACCACUUGCCAAAUUAACUUGUCAGCUGGGGCUAUUCUAAAUAUGUCCCGAAAAACAAUCUGCCAUCAUUAUAAGCACUCGGAAAAGUCUUAAAUUUUAAAUGUACACAAACAUCUAUUGUCAAGCUUGGUAUUUCUUUAUGGUUCUAAACUUUUGAGUAUAACUUUGAAAUUUGGAAUGAAUCGAUCGCAAGGUUUAAGAAGACUGCAUCAACAUUGCAUCAGACGGGGGGUAUAUACGUGAGAACAUUACCAUUUUGUAAAUUGUAUUUUAUCGAAAUAUGUAAAUAAAGAUUUAAGUUUUUUA